AGAAUUGUAUAAAAAAUACACAACUAAAUAACAAUUAUUUUAUCGAAUGGUGUGAAUUGUUAAAGAAAGAAAACUACUCUCUGGUUCAAUGGAAUCUAGAGUUAAAUGAAGAAAUUGAAGGCUUGAAAGAAAAGAAUAAAGAAAUUGAAGGCUUGAAAGAAAAGAAUAAAGAAAUUGAAAGAGUUACUGAAGUUUUCGUAAUUGUAGAAUGA